AAAACGAUGGAAACUCUGAAACGCUCAGAGUCGCCAUGGCUGAAUACAAGUGUGCUGGAUAAUUCUGUGUUGUGUGUGAAAUUAAUUAGUUAAUAACACAAUGUCACUUUCUGUAGAAAGAAAGCUGAACAAGCACGCCACGACCAUUCUUAUUGGUGGACUAUUUCUGUCAAUGAGUCUGCUGUUUUACCUGGCGUUUUGCAGCAUGCCAUGUGACGAUCCCACUUACGGCAUAUCACGCUCUGAUCUUAGGGAUGCACAGAACAAAGCAUUCUGGAACGGGCACAUACUAGCGCCAUCACGCGAUCUUUCCUUUCCACAGGUUGUACUGGUCAUGUCUGCCCCCGAUAACUUGAUGGGAAGAGACACGAUCCGUGAGACUUGGGCAAGAGAUCUACCCAAGACAACGCUGUUAAGGUUCGUGAUUGGUACUGGGUCUCUUUCAGCGCAACAACACAGCAAUACACACAGGGAAAACUUCAUUCACUCCGACCUGCUUCUUCUUAAAAGUGUUAACGAUAGUUAUGAAACACUGACUUUAAAACUUCUAGAAAGUUUCAAAUGGCUGGACAGACAUGUUGAAUUUACCCAUCUUAUAAAAGCAGACGAAGACUCGUUUGUAAGAGUCGAUCGUCUGGCCUAUGAACUACAAAAGAAACCCAAAGAGAGGUUCUACUGGGGAUUUUUCGACGGCAGGGCUCACGUGAAAAAGGCGGGAAAAUGGGCAGAGAAAGAAUGGAUUCUUUGUGACCGGUACCUGCCGUACGCCCUUGGCGGCGGUUAUGUUCUUUCUGCUGAUCUUGUUCAUUAUGUGUCUUCGAACUCCAAAUAUCUAAAACUUUUCAACAGUGAGGACGUUUCGUUGGGGGCCUGGCUCGGCCCACUUGACAUUAAACGGUCACAUGAUGCUAGAUUUGACACAGAAUACAAGUCACGGGAGUCGCAGCUUACGGUGGUGGGUGCACAUGGAAAUUAUUCUUGGCCGGAGAGGGACAAAGCGGUGCAUGUGGAUGGCGACCUGGUAUUAGGGGCACUGCAUAUGGUGCAUGAAAGGAGUGAGGAUAAAAUUUGUGGUCCCAUCAUGCCCCAGGGCGGGAUACAAGCCUUAGAGACCAUGUUGUACACCCUGGAUAUCAUCAACGCCAACCAAAAGCUUCUCCCGGGGGUAACCUUAGGGGUACUGGCUAAAGAUGACUGUGAUAGAGAUAUUUAUGGUUUAGAGCAGGCAGUGGACUUCAUCCGAGGCUCAAUAGCAAACAUAGGAGGAUCCGAGUACAAGUGUCACGACGGAUCAGAUCCGAUUAUUCCUGGGGUGAUUGGAGCGCCAUCUAGUGGUUUCAACGAAUUGGAGAAGCUUUUAAAGGCCAGUGAGAUCUGUAUUGCGGCGACAGAAAAGUUAAUAAAGGAUUCUGGUGUAGCUGGAGAGGCUACCUAUGACAAAACUGUGGAAAGACUACUGGCGAAAUCAAACGCACGAGGUGUGAUUGUGUUUGGCUCAGACCAGGAGGUUGGGGAGUUGAUGCACGCUGUCAGACGGAAGAACGCUUCUCGCUGGUUCUCCUGGAUCGGAAGUGACGGUUGGGGAGGGAGGAGCCUCGCUGUUGAUGGCAACGAAGUUGAGGUAGAAGGCGCCGUGACAGUUCAACCAUUAGCAUUUGAAGUAAAGGGGUUCAAAGAUUAUUUUCUUAAUCUCACGCCUCGGAACAACAAAAGGAAUCCUUGGUUUGUGGAAUUCUGGGAGCAACAAUUCAGAUGUAAAUAUCCAGGAAGCAAUUGGACGCCAUACAAUGACGGUUUUAAUGUGACGUGUAGCGGAAAUGAGCGGAUUUUUCCACAAGAAUUCGAAAUGGAGGCUCAGCUUCAAUUCGUCAGUGAUGCUAUAAUGAGUUUUGCACACGCGUUCACGAAUAUGCUGGCAGAUUUCUGUGGAGACGUAUCUGGUUUAUGCGAUGCUAUGAUGCCUAUUGACGGGGAACUCCUGAAAGACUAUUUGGUCAAAGUGAAUUUCACAGGUUUAUCUGGACAACAGUUUGCAUUCCUUCCCAAUGGUGACGCCCCAGCGCGUUAUCGUAUCCUGAAUUACAGACAAGUUACAAGAGGGCGCUACGAGUGGAAGACCAUUGGUUUCUUUUUAGGAAAACAUUUAUUUCUAGACAGCCAGUCCUCUGAUCGAAUUUACACAAUGGAACAGAUGGUUGAUAUGAAGUUUCGCUGGGAAGAGCCCAAACAUCCUGAAUCAGUGUGUAGUCGGCCGUGUCAGAAAGGAGAGGCCCAUCAUAUGAUUGACGGCUCAGCAUGCUGCUGGACCUGUUCUCCUUGUCAUCUGUUCCAGUAUCUACCCACCAAGUACGCAUGCGUGGACUGCCCAUCGGGGACCAUCCCCAGCUUUGAUAGGCAGCACUGUGUAGAAAUCCCAAUUAUUUAUCUGAGGUAUACAGAUGCCAUAGCAUUGGUUGCCAUGGCAUUUGCCUCUCUCGGCAUCAUAGCAACAGCUGUUGUCAUGGUGAUCUUUAUUUUGUACAAUGAUACCCCAGUAGUGAAGGCAUCUGGACGGGAGUUAAGCUUUGUUCUUUUAUUUGGAAUUUUUAUGUGUUAUGCUAUGACUUUCAUACUGGUCUCAAAACCAAGCGAGAUCACUUGCGGCGCUCAGAAGUACUGUAUUGGACUGUCGUUCUCUAUAAUAUAUUCCGCCAUACUCACAAAAACCAACAGAAUAUCUAGAAUCUUUAGAGCAGGAAAAAGGACUUCAAAACGACCAAGAUUCAUCAGUCCACGGUCCCAGCUCUUCAUUUGCGGAGCGUUUGUAGCAUUCCAGAAUGCCGUAGGCAUUGUGUGGCUGUUGCUUCGUCCGCCCCGGGCUGUAUCGUAUCAUGCAGACCGUGACGACCAUCAGCUAGUUUGCAAUGAUGCGGUUGGAGCUUGGUAUAUGGUUGGCUUCACAUACCCUAUUGUUCUCGUGAUUAUUUGUACAUUCUACGCUAUUUUGACUAGAAAUAUCCCAGAAGCAUUCAAUGAAUCAAAGUAUAUUGGAUUUACAAUGUACACAACUUGUAUUAUAUGGUUAGCAUUUGUGUCAAUUUAUUUCAGUACUGAACAUAACAUUCACGUUCGAAUAGCGACCAUGUCAUUUUCCAUUAGCUUAAGUGCCACUGUAGGACUGAUUUGUAUGUUUGCCACAAAACUGUAUAUUAUAAUUCUUCAUCCGGAGAGAAAUGUUCGGCAGAGUCUGUUGGCAGCUAAGCCUGUUAUGCCAUCUCCAAAACUUAACAAUUGCUACUCAAGUAUACAUUCUAGUUACCAUUCUAAUGGACGACAGGACACCGCUCAAUCUGUCCAGUCAGAUUACGGAGAUAUGGAAAUGAUGAGUCGGUUGCGGCCCUCUUCCUCUUUCAGCAGUACCAUCAGUCGUUCUACGUGUGCCACACAGACUCUAGCUAACGGAACCAGCAUCAGCACCCAGACUCUAGAAGCCAUCUCAAGAGGAGCAGACGAUGUCCAGCUUUAA